AUGCAGUUUCAAGACUAUUUUACCAGGGUAUUACAAAAUUAUGGUGUUGAUACCGUCUUUGGUAUCGUCGGUAUACCGAUAGUUGAACUUGCGGAUACUAUGAUCGAACAUGGCAUAAAAUUCAUAGCAUGUAGAAAUGAACAAUCUGCGAGUUACGCAGCAUCUGCGUAUGGCUAUCUAACUGGUAAGCCUGGUGUUUUACUAGUUGUUGGUGGUCCUGGCAUCAUUCAUGCUCUAGCGGGUAUUUACAAUUCCAUGAGUAACAAAUGGCCCUUAUUGGUUCUAGCAGGUAGCAGCGAAGCCCAACAUAGAGGUGGUUUCCAAGAAUUAGAUCAAGUUAGUCUUUUAAAACCAUAUGUGAAGUUCUCAGGUCAAUUGAACUCAUCAAAUAUUGACGUUUUAACUUACGAUGCCUUAAGGUUAGUACAAUAUACAACGGCAGGCGCAACUUAUUUGGAUAUUCCUGGAAAUUUAAUUGGUUCUACUGUGAAAAAGGACUCUUUACCACCCGUAAAAAACAUUUAUGUGCCCAAGAGCUCACCAGAUCCAUCAGCUGUACAAGAGGUUACUGAUUUAAUUCGUAAGAACCCUGAAAAUGUACUAGUAGUAGUAGGGAAAGGUGCUGUGCAUGCUAGCCAAGAGAUUCGUCAAUUUGUGGAUCGAUUCCAACUACCUUUUUUACCCACGCCAAUGGGUAAAGGUGUGGUACCCGAUUCUCAUCCUUUGAAUGUAUCAUCUGCAAGAUCCAGAGCCCUUCAGGAGGCAAAAGUAGUACUAGUACUAGGCGCUAGGCUCAAUUGGAUCUUACAUUUUGCAUCGGCACCCAAAUGGAAUCCUGAUGCUCUUUUCAUCCAAGUCGACUCUGAUACCACGACUUUAGGUCAUAACAAUUUCAAAUCUCAACAUUUGUCACUCUGGGGGGAUAUAGGACUCACAGUACGCUUAAUAACCGCUUCCUUAGGUGAUUACCACUCCCAGGGACUUUCUCCAUCUUUACAAUCCAAUAUUGCUCGUAAUGCCGCUAAACUAAAAUCACAAGAAUCACAACAGGUUUCCUCUAGAUUAAACUAUAACGUCGUCUACGCCCAUCUAAGACCUUUAAUUAAUGAUGAAUCCACGAUCAUAGUCUCGGAAGGUGCUAAUACUAUGGACAAGGCUAGAGUAUCUUUCCCUACUGAUUACCCUCUACAAAGACUUGAUGCAGGUACAAAUGCUACUAUGGGUGUUGGAAUGGGGUAUGCACUUGCUGCGAAAGUAUCAAAUCCCGAUAAAACUGUGCUUGUAAUCCAAGGUGAUUCCGCAUUUGGAUUUUCUGCCAUGGAUAUCGAAACAGCUACGAGAAGUGGUCUUGCACUCAUUGUAAUUGUAAUGAACAACGGUGGUAUUUACCAUGGGCAAAAUCCAACAUCUUCUCCUUCCUCUUCACCGUCACCAUUGCCUUCUACAGCUCUCACUGAAGAAUGUCGUUAUGACCUCGUCGCUAAAGGUCUCGGUGCCCAUGGAUACCUAGUGCAAACGUUAAAUGACCUACGAGAAUCGUUCGUCAAGGCUCAAGAGCAUGCCAAGAAGGGACAAUCAACCUUGCUCAACGUGGUACUGGAACCAGGUGAACAGAAAAAAAUCUCUUUUGGCUGGCAAGUUCGUCUAUGA